GAACUUUGACCGCAGGUAGAGUAAGGCGUGUCUGUGUGUGUUCGUAGGUCCAGUCCUGCUGUACUUUGUUGAGUCAGCUUGGUGUGUUGUAUUCACGAUGGAUGUGUAUUUCCUUGGGCUGUUUGUGCUGCUGUCUGUUGCCGGCUGCUCGGCUAAAAAAGAUGUGCGGAGUGCCAUGAAAGCAGCAGGAUCUCAGUCAGUGACUCUUCAGCCCUGGCUGAUUGGUCUUACAGCUGUGGUUGGCUUCCUCUUCAUCGUUUUCACCAUCCUGAUCAUUCGCAGACUACUCAGGAAGGACAGGGGGGAUGCAGAUGGAUGGGAUUAUAACAAGGCUGAAGAGUUGGAAGGAGGUGAUACUAAGCAAACCAAUUUGUGAAAAAAUAUAAUCAGAGUCACCUGUGACCCUCUCUCUAUCAGUGCUCAUCCCACUGCAGAAUGUCACUGUUAUGUUAUGAAAGAAUUGUUAUAAAUAUGUCCAAUCAAGUUCAGUGAGAGCCAUUACCAAUGUCUGGUGUUUUGAUUGCAUUAUAUGAAGGGGACUGUAGUGUGUUGAUUCCCUAAUCAGGUUUUUCUGAUGAAAAGUUUUUACUGACAUUCUGACAAACAAAAACAUAGAGAAACACACAGGAAGCUUCUGUUCCUGUCAAAUGACUUAAAAAUUAUUUUUGCAACCAUCUCAAGGCUCACACCCAAACCACAAUCCAUAAUCAUUUCAAUCCAUUGCCCAAACUGCAGCCUUCUGAGUGAGCCAAUCACAGUGCUUUUGGAAAAAUGUAACCUGUUACCCUCUGCAUUGUUUCAAACCCACCAGUUUAUCCACGCAUAUGAACUCAUGCUGUUCAUUUGGAAUUCUAGUAGAGAUCUAAAAACGUCUAAACAUUCGCACUAUAUCAGACUGAAUCUUGGGUAAAUGUAUAAAAUGUUGCUUUGGACAAUUAGAAUAUCAAAAUUUAAUGAAACGAUGCACACAUGACAUACAUGGACUCUUGUGUUUGAUUAUUUUAUUCAAUGAAAGCUGCUGUUCCUGCUUCUGUACUGUGCCUCACAUGACUGAGCUGCUCUGGUUUUCUGUCACCACCAGAGGUGCCCAUAACACAGAUAAACAGCCCAGUCUCAUCUGCUGCCUUUAUAUUACAGCGCUACAAAGAACUGUUAAGGCAGUUAUUUACAUGAAUGUGAAGGUACAUAAUAAUAAGGGUUAUCUUAAUUGUUAUUGGUUUUGUUCAUAUAAGUGUAUUAGUUCAAUCUUGCUCCUGGUGUGUCCCUCUUACCAUGAUAUUAAAACUGGGUUAUGAAAUAUACUUUGAUGGACUAAUAAAGACUAAAUAUUA